UAAACAAGCGAGAGAUGCCAUGGUGAAUGCACUGAGGAACUUUGAACUGAGUGAUCCUGAUGUGGGUCAGCUGAGAUGCCUGCUACAUGGACCAGUCGGUGCAGGGAAGUCCAGCUUCAUCAACUCAGUCAACAACGUUUUCCAAGGACGAUCAACACAUAAUGCCCUGGCAUCUGCUGCCACUGGCACCAGCUUCACCAUGAAAGUAAGUUGGUUUGCCUAAUAAAUGUAACUACACCAUUCAGGGAUGGGAAACGGCUUCCUAAUAUACCUUGGUACACUAAGACAUUUCAUGAGCCACAUACAGGCAGAACAGAGACAUGAAGAGAGACUUAUAGAAACAUAGAGUGGUCUUCUGUACUCUUUUAAAGAGGCCCAGUGCAGCCUAAAUUCCGUUGUUCCUGUGUUUUGUAUCAUAUUGUACAACUGCUGAUAAUAAGAACACUGUAAAAGUGUGAAAAAAUGUGAUCAGUGUUAUUUCCUGAUAGUUGAUAGUUGAAAAUACAAUUUACACAGGACCUUCUAAUCAGCAGGUUUUACAUGGCAGAGUUUUGGAUUGCCUGGUGACAUCAUCAGGCGGUAUACGUUAAUAGACCAAUAACAAAGAGAGUUCCAAACCUUUCUGCCAAUAACAGCUAGUUUUCAGGUUACAUAUCUCUCCCAUUAGGCCCUCCAAUCAGGCCCCUCACUCACACCAGCUCCCAGACAGUCCUAGCAAAAUUCUGUCUUGUGAAAUAGUUUUUUGCUAAAAAGCUAUUUUGGUUUCAUAAUGGAAAACAAUUACAGUAAGGUACUUAAUUGUUACCCAGAAAUUAUUUGGUAUUGAGCAAAAAACGGCUGCAUUGGGUCUUUAAUACAAAAUGUAGUCAGUCAACAGAUGCCUAGGUUUCAAAAAGUAGGAUCAUGGAAAGGAUAGAUACCUGCACAUUGUUGGAAACAUGGAAAAAAAUCCAAAACCUAGGUUCAUAAGCACACAUUUACACUUAGUUUACAAAACAUCCCCCCCAUGAGGCGCCAUUUUAGCAAGAUGUCAACACGCUAAAACGACUUCCUGAUCUUCAAAUGCGCCAUUGCAAUUUCACAUAGGGAUGAAUUGUGUGACGUUAUUGAUGGGUUUGUCUAUUUAUAUACACUGAGUGCACAAAACAUUAUGAACACCUGCUCUUUCCAUGACAGACUGACCAGGUGAAUCCAGGUGAAAGCUAUGAUCCCUUAUUGAUGUUACUUGUUAAAUCCACUUCAAUCAGUGUAGAUCAGGGUUCCCCAAAUGGCGGUCCGCGGGCCAAAUCUGGCCCGCCAGCAAUAUUAUUUGGCCCCUGAAAGCCCCACAAAUUAAUUAUGAAUAUGUUUGAAAUUUAAAAUAAUCAUAAUCAUUCAAAAAUCUCUGACCCGAGAUGCCAAAACUCACAAAUGCAAUGUCCCAAGAAGGAAGUUACCCCACCUAAAUAAUGCAAAAGUUACAUUUUCACUUCAUUCAUGAGGAGAGAGAAUGCUGGAUACAGUCAAUUAAUAAAGCAGGCAGCGGACCAAUUUGUGGUGCUGAAACGUAAAGCUGCAACCGCGGCGCAAACAAUUGGAGGUGAAUGACGCCUGGAACUGAAAAUAUAGCUAACUUGCUGUGCAAGUGUAGCACAGCAACAGAUGGAGAAAACCUACACCAGUCGCGUCAUUCAUUUCAACAAUAAUCUUCAUUUUAAUUUGACUUUACAAACAACAAGAGGGCUUAAUUGGAGUGUAUUUCUUCCAAGCCUAGGCCUAUAUAAAAUAAUGUAACUGGAUGAGGUAGGCUAUGAGGCUUAACAGCAUCUUUCACAAUAAAAAAAUAUAUGGCUGAAUAGAAGAAACUUUUAUUCAAUUUGUAGUGUAGGCCAAUUCAUUGUGCUAAUAUUAUAUAAUGAUUAUGUUCUGGCCCACCGACUAUUAGCUCACAAAGAAAUUGGCCCUAGGCCAAAUCUAGUUGAUGAACCCUGGUGUAGAUGAAGGGGAGGAGACAGGUUAAAGAAUGAUUUUUGAAGCCUUGAGACAAAUGAGACUUUUUUUUUUUUUUCACCUUUAUUUAACCAGGUAAGCCAGUUGAGAACAAGUUCUCAUUUACAACUGCGACCUGGCCAAGAUAAAGCAAAGCAGUGCGAUAAAAACAACAACACAGAGUUACAUAUGGGGUAAAACAAAACAUAAAGUCAAAAAUACAACAGAAAAUAUAUAUACAGUGUGUGCAAAUGUAGCAAGUUAUGGAGGUAAGGCAAUAAAUAGGCUAUAGUGCAAAAUAAUUACAAUUAGUAUUAACACUGGAAUGAUAGAUGUGAAAGAGAUUAUGUGCAAAUAGAGAUACUGGGGUGCAAAUGAGCAAAAUAAAUAACAAUAUGGGGAUGAGGUAGUUGGGUGGGCUAAUUUCAGAUGGGCUGAGUACAGGUGCAGUGAUCGGUAAGGUGCUCUGACAACUGAUGCUUAAAGUUAGUGAGGGAGAUAAGAGUCUCCAGCUUCAGAGAUUUUUGCAAUUCGUCCAGUCAUUGGCAGCAGAGAACUGGAAGGAAUGGUGGCAAAGGAGGUGUUCGCUUUGGGGAUGACCAGUGAGAUAUACCUGCUGGAGCGCAUACUACGGGUGGGUGUUGCUAUGGUGACAAAUGAGCUAAGAUAUGGCAGGGAUUUGCCUAGCAGUGAUUUAUAGAUGGCCUGGAGCCAGUGGGUUUGGCGACGAAUAUGUAGUGAGGACCAGCCAACAAGGGCGUACAGGUCACAGUGGUGGGUAGUAUAUGGGGCUUUGGUGACAAAACGGAUGGCACUGUGAUAGACUACAUCCAAUUUGCUGAGUAGAGUGUUGGAGGCUAUUUUGUAAAUGACAUCGCUGAAGUCAAGGUUCAGUAGGAUAGUCAGUUUUACGAGGGCAUGUUUGGCAGCAUGAGUGAAGGAGGCUUUGUUGCGAAAUAGGAAGCCGAUUCUAGAUUUAACUUUGGAUUGGAGAUUCUUAAUGUGAGUCUGGAAGGAGAGUUUACAGUCUAACCAGACACCUAGGUAUUUGUAGUUGUCCACAUACUCUAGGUCAGACCCGUCGAGAGUAGGGAUUCUAGUCGGGUGGGCGGGUGCCAGCAGCGUUCGAUUGAAGAGCAUGCUUUUAGUUUUACUACUGUUUAAGAGCAGUUGGAGGCUACUGAAGGAGUGUUGUAUGGCAUUGAAGCUUGUUUGGAGGUGUCCAAUGAAGGGCCAGAUGUAUACAAAAUGGUGUCGUCUGCAUAGAGGUGGAUCUGAGAGUCACCAGCAGCAAGAGCGACAUCAUUGAUAUACACAGAGAAAAGAGUCGGCCCAAGAAUUGAACCCUGUGGCACCCCCAUAGAGACUGCCAUAUGUCCAGACAACAGGCGCUCCGAUUUGACACAUUGAACUCUAUCUGAGAAGUAGUUGGUGAACCAGGCGAGGCAGUCAUUUGAGAAACCAAGGCUAUUUAGUCUGCCAAUAAGAAUGCGGUGGUUGACAGAGUCGAAAGCCUUGGCCAGGUCGAUGAAGACGGCUGCACAGUACUGUCUAUUAUCGAUCACGGUUAUAAUAUCGUUUAGGACCUUGAGCGUGGCUGAUUUAGGGUUGUACCUGGUAGGUUCGUUGAUAAUUUGUGUGAGAUUGAGGGCAUCUAGUUUGGAUUGUAGGAUGGCCGGGGUGUUAAGCAUAUCCCAAUUUAGGUCACCAAGCAGUACGAACUCUGAGGAUAAAUGGGGGGCAAUCAAUUCACAUAUGGUGUCCAGGGCACAGCUGGGGGAUGAGGGGGGUCUGUAGCAAGCAGCAACAGUGAGAUACUUAUUUCUGGAAAGGUGGAUUUUUACAGUAGAUUGCAUCUCUACAGUAGAUUGCAACUCCACUCCCUUUGGCAGUUCUAUCUAGACGGAAACUGUUGUAGUUGGGGAUGGACAUUUCAGAAUUUUUGGUGGCCUUCCUAAGCCAGGAUUCAGACACUGUUAGAACAUCAGGGUUGGCGGAGUGUGCUAACGCAGUGAAUAACUCAAACUUAGGAAGGAGGCUUCUGAUGUUAACGUGCAGAAAACCAAGGCUUUUACGGUUACAGAAGUCAACAAAUGAUAGCUCCUGGGGAGUAGGAGUGAUACUGGGGGCUGCAGGACCUGGAUUAGCCUCUACAUCACCAGAGGAACAGAGGAGGACUAGAAUAAGGAUACGGCUAAAGGCUUUAAGAACUGGUCUUCUAGUGCGUUGGGUACAGAGAAUAAAGGGGGCAGAUGUGUGCCAUUCAGAGGGUGAAUGGGCAAGACAAAAGAUGUAAGUGCCUUUGAAUGGGGUAUGGUAGUAGGUGCCAGACGCACUGGUUUCUGUUAAGUUUCCCAUGUGUAUCAAGAAUGGUCCACCACCCAAAGGACAUCCAGCCAACUUGACACAACUGUGGGAAGCAUCCCUAUGGAAUGCUUUCGACACCUUGUAGAGUCCAUGGCCCAACGAAUGUAGACUUUUCUGAGGGAAAAAGAGGGGGGGGGGGGGGGGGGGGGGGGGGGGUGGAAUUGGAGGGGAGGGGGGGUGAUGCUGAUUGGCUGACAGCUGUGGUAUAUCAGACAUAUACCACAGGUAGGAGAAAACAUGUAUUUUUACUGCUGUAAUUACAUUGGUAACCAGUUUAUAAUAGUAAUAAGGCUUUGUGAUAUAUGGCCAAUAUACCACGUGUUGCAUCAUGCCUAAGAACAGCCCUUAACCAUGGUAUAUUGGCCAUAUACCACACCCCCUCAGGCCUUAUUGCUUAAUUGUACUGUUAAGCUACGUACUUUCAGCUGAACCGAAACGCUAGUCUUGCACCUUAACUUUGUGCACCUUUUUGUACUUUGCACAUUUCGGGGCAUUGUGAGGAUGUUUUUUAUGUUUCUGAGUUUGCGGGUAUCUAUAAUUUCCAUUGAAAAUAAAAAAUAAAGAAUUGUUAUUAAUAUAAAAUGUUUCUUUUUAGUAUAAGACACAUUACAUUCAAGGCCAUAAAGGAGAAAAACGUCUGCCCUUUGCAUUCAAUGAUGUCAUGGGUCUGGAGACACAGAAAAAUGGGUUGCACCCUGAUGACAUCAUCAAUGCUCUGAAGGGCCAUCUACCUGAGGGCUAUGAGGUAAUUCAGAAGUCAUAAACACACACAUACACACACACACACACACAAGCUAGCCAAAGAUGAAAAUCAGAUGCAAACAAAGUAGUAACAUCUGACAAAUCAUAUAUUUUUUUGGCCAGUUCAAUCCAGUCCACCCAUUAUCGGACCAAAAAGAAGAAUACAUUCAGAAUCCCAGUUUAAGUGACAAAACUCACUGUCUGGUGAGUAUUGUGACAGCGGACAAAAUCUCUCUCAUGCAUAAGGAUGUCAUAGACAAGAUGAAGCACAUCAGGGCAGAAGCCAGUAAACUGGGUAAGUAAGCUCUUCAAACCCUUUAUGUUUCUUAGCAUUUCUAAUCUUAUCUUAAUGGUAACUGUAACUAUGGUUGGGUAUUCAGCUGUAGUAGCUCUUGACUUUUAAAUAUUACAUGACAGUGUUACUUAAGUUAGUCCUUAUAUUCAUUACUUAUAUAUUUAUAUGGCAGAAAUCCCUCAAAUUGUUGUCAUGACCAUGCCAGACAAGGCUUGUGAGCUGGUGAACAGGAAUGUGAAGAGAAUCUACUACAGCAAGGCAAUCAAAGAGAAGGUAAAUCACCUCAGAUCUGAUCAAAUUUCACAAUGGCCACGUUCCAGGCUGACUACAUUGCCAAAUCUCACAACGCCUGGAUAAGCUUUUACAUAUCAGCUGACCACAUCAUUUGAUGAAGCAAUUUGAUGCCCAAAGGUACAGUUGAAGACAUGGCACGCAACAAUUGGUUGAUGCAAUGCAACAUCUGCAAUGUAGUCAGCCUGGAACGUGACCGUUAAUCCUUGGUUGUGCUGACCUGAUCCAAGGAUCCUCCCUACCGCUAACCUGAUCCAAAGAUCAUCCCUCAUGCUGACCUGAUCCAAAAUCUCCCUCACGCUAAACUGAUCCAAAGAUCCUCCCUCAUGCUGACCUGAUCCAAAAUCUCCCUACCGCUAAACUGAUCCAAAGAUCCUCCCUACCGCUAAACUGAUCCAAAGAUCCUCCCUCUGGCUGACCUGAUCAUCACUCACGCUGACCUGAUCCUCCCUCUGGCUGACCUGAUCAUUCCUCACACUGACCUGAUCAUCCCUCACGCUGACCUGAUCCUCCCUCUGGCUGACCUGAUCAUCCCUCACGCUGACCUGAUCAUCACUCACGCUGACCUGAUCCUCCCUCUGGCUGACCUGAUCAUUCCUCACACUGACCUGAUCAUCCCUCACGCUGACCUGAUCCAGCCCUUUUGUCUUCAUCGUUUCUCAGAUGCAGAUCUGCAGUAAUGAGCUGGGCGUUCCCAUGAACUGCAUCUUGCCAGUGAAGAACUACCACGAGGAGGGGAGGCUGGAUAACGACAUGGACAUCCUGAUACUGAACGCCAUAACUCAGAUUAUGAACUUUGCCAAUGAUUACCUCUGCGACCUCCAACAACAUGCA